CGCGUGCCGGACGCGGGCAGGGGUAAUGCGCCUGCGCGGCCGCUGCCGCCGCCGCUCGUCUCAGAGCGUGAGGGGAGCUGCCGCCACCGCCGCCACCGCAGCCACCGCCACCUUCGCUUCUGUCUCCGCCGCUGAUUCGGCACCGCGCCCGCCAUGGCGCAGAUCCUCCCCAUCCGCUUCCAGGAGCACUUCCAGCUCCAAAACCUGGGAAUUAAUCCAGCCAACAUUGGAUUCAGCACACUGACCAUGGAAUCUGAUAAGUUUAUAUGUGUCCGAGAAAAGGUUGGUGAGCAGGCACAGGUAGUGAUUGUUGACAUGAGUGAUCCAAUGGCACCAAUCAGACGGCCCAUCUCUGCAGAAAGUGCCAUCAUGAAUCCAGCCUCUAAGGUGAUAGCUUUGAAAGCUGGAAAGACACUUCAAAUCUUUAAUAUUGAAAUGAAGAGUAAAAUGAAGUCUCAUACCAUGGCAGAAGAGGUGAUUUUCUGGAAAUGGGUCUCUGUGAAUACUGUUGCCCUUGUGACUGAGACAACAGUCUACCACUGGAGCAUGGAAGGUGACUCUCAGCCUGUGAAGAUGUUUGAUAGACAUGCCAGUCUGGCAGGGUGCCAGAUGAUCCACUACCGGACUGAUGAGUAUCAGAAGUGGCUGCUCCUCGUUGGCAUCUCAGCUCAGCAAAACCGUGUAGUUGGGGCAAUGCAACUCUACUCUGUGGAUAGGAAAGUUUCACAACCCAUAGAAGGCCAUGCUGCUGCUUUUGCAGAGUUCAAGAGCGAAGGGAAUGCCAAGCCUGCCACCCUUUUCUGCUUUGCUGUACGUAGUCCCACAGGGGGCAAGUUGCACAUAAUCGAAGUCGGACAGCCUGCAGCAGGAAACCAGCCUUUUGUAAAGAAAGCUGUGGAUGUGUUUUUCCCUCCAGAGGCUCAGACUGAUUUCCCAGUGGCUAUGCAGAUUGGAGCUAAACAUGGUGUUAUUUACUUGAUCACGAAAUAUGGCUAUCUUCACUUGUAUGACCUAGAGUCUGGCGUGUGCAUCUACAUGAACCGUAUCAGUGCUGACACGAUAUUUGUCACUGCUCCACAUGAAUCUACUUCUGGAAUUAUUGGUGUCAACAAAAAGGGACAGGUGCUGUCAGUUUGUGUCGAGGAAGAUAACAUUGUGAAUUAUGCAACCAGUGUGCUUCAAAAUCCAGACCUUGGUCUGCGCUUGGCCAUUCGUAGUAACUUGGCUGGGGCGGAGGAGUUAUUCGUGAGAAAAUUCACUACCCUCUUUGCACAGGGGAGCUAUGCUGAAGCCGCCAAAGUAGCAGCAUCUGCACCAAAGGGAGUCCUGCGUACCAGUGACACAGUUCGGAAGUUCCAAAGUAUUCCCGCCCAGCCUGGGCAGGCCUCUCCUUUGCUCCAGUACUUUGGAAUCCUCCUUGACCAGGGUCAGCUCAAUAAACUUGAAUCCUUAGAACUUUGCCGUCCAGUGCUUCAGCAGGGUCGCAAGCAACUCUUAGAAAAGUGGCUGAAAGAAGAUAAGCUGGAGUGUUCAGAAGAACUUGGAGAUUUGGUCAAAACUGCUGACCCUACACUUGCUCUGAGUGUGUAUCUUCGGGCAAAUGUGCCGAGCAAGGUUAUCCAGUGUUUUGCAGAAACAGGCCAAUUCCAGAAAAUUGUCCUCUAUGCCAAAAAGGUUGGCUAUACCCCAGACUGGAUCUUUUUACUGAGGAGUGUGAUGAGAAUCAGUCCAGACCAGGGCCUGCAGUUUUCUCAAAUGCUAGUGCAAGAUGAGGAGCCAUUGGCCAAUAUUGACCAGAUUGUAGACGUUUUCAUGGAAAACAGUUUAAUUCAGCAGUGUACCUCCUUCUUGUUGGAUGCCUUGAAAAAUAAUCGCCCAGCUGAGGGGCACCUCCAGACGCGCCUGUUGGAGAUGAACCUGAUUCACGCACCCCAGGUUGCAGAUGCCAUUCUUGGAAAUCAGAUGUUUACCCAUUAUGAUCGGGCCCACAUCGCCCAGCUCUGUGAAAAGGCAGGCCUCCUGCAGCGUGCGCUGGAGCACUACACUGACCUGUAUGACAUCAAGAGGGCUGUGGUCCACACUCACCUCCUCAAUCCCGAGUGGCUCGUCAGCUUCUUUGGCUCCUUGUCAGUGGAGGAUUCUUUGGCGUGUCUGCAUGCUUUGCUGUCUGCCAGCAUCAGACAGAACCUUCAGCUGUGUGUGCAGGUAGCCUCCAAGUACCAUGAGCAGCUGGGCACACAGUCCCUGGUGGAGCUCUUUGAAUCCUUCAAGAGUUACGAAGGCCUCUUCUACUUCCUGGGCUCAAUUGUGAACUUCAGCCAAGAUCCAGAUGUGCACUUGAAAUACAUUCAGGCUGCCUGUAAGACGGGACAGAUCAAGGAGGUGGAGAGGAUAUGCCGGGAGAGUAAUUGCUACAACCCAGAGCGGGUGAAGAAUUUUCUGAAGGAGGCCAAGCUCACAGACCAGCUUCCUCUCAUCAUCGUGUGUGAUCGGUUUGACUUUGUACAUGACCUCGUCCUGUACUUAUACCGCAACAACCUGCAGAAGUACAUCGAAAUCUACGUUCAGAAGGUCAACCCUAGCCGGAUCCCUGCUGUGGUUGGAGGGCUGCUUGAUGUGGAUUGUUCUGAGGAAGUAAUUAAAAACUUAAUCAUGGUGGUGAGAGGACAGUUCUCCACUGAUGAGCUGGUGGCUGAAGUAGAAAAAAGAAACAGGCUAAAGCUGCUUCUUCCCUGGCUGGAGUCCCGGAGUCACGAAGGCUGUGAAGAGCCUGCCACUCACAAUGCUCUUGCCAAGAUCUACAUCGACAGCAACAACAGCCCCGAGCGCUUCCUGAGAGAAAAUGCUUACUAUGACAGCCGCGUGGUGGGCCGCUACUGUGAGAAGCGGGACCCACAUCUGGCCUGCGUUGCCUAUGAGCGGGGGCAGUGUGACCUUGAGCUCAUCAAGGUUUGCAAUGAGAAUUCUCUGUUCAAAAGUGAGGCCCGUUACCUGGUGCGCAGGAAAGAUCCAGAGCUCUGGGCUCAUGUCCUUGAGGAGACCAACCCUUCCAGGCGACAGCUGAUUGACCAGGUGGUACAGACAGCAUUGUCAGAAACACAGGAUCCUGAAGAGGUCUCAGUCACUGUCAAGGCCUUCAUGACAGCUGAUCUGCCUAAUGAACUGAUUGAGCUGCUGGAGAAGAUUGUUCUGGAUAACUCAGUCUUUAGUGAGCACAGGAAUCUCCAGAAUUUGCUGAUCCUGACUGCCAUCAAGGCAGACCGCACGCGGGUCAUGGAAUACAUCAGCCGCCUGGACAACUACGAUGCCCCAGACAUUGCGAACAUCGCCGUUAGUAGCGCACUGUAUGAGGAGGCCUUCACCAUCUUUCGCAAGUUUGAUGUGAAUGCAUCAGCAAUCCAGGUCCUGAUUGAGCACAUUGGAAACCUAGACCGAGCAUACGAGUUUGCGGAGAGAUGCAAUGAACCUGCUGUGUGGAGUCAGCUGGCCUGCGCCCAGCUCCAGAAAGACUUGGUGAAGGAAGCCAUCGACUCCUACAUCAGAGCUGACGACCCUUCCUCUUACUUGGAAGUCGUUCAGGCAGCCAGUAGGAGCAACAAUUGGGAAGAUCUGGUGAAAUUCCUACAGAUGGCCAGGAAAAAGGGCCGUGAAUCCUAUAUAGAGACUGAACUUAUUUUUGCCCUGGCUAAAACUGGUCGCCUGUCUGAGUUAGAAGAUUGUAUUAAUGGACCCAACAAUGCCCACAUCCAACAGGUUGGAGACCGCUGUUACGAGGAGGGAAUGUAUGAGGCUGCCAAGCUGCUCUACAGCAGUGUUUCUAACUUUGCCCGCCUGGCUUCCACCCUGGUCCACCUUGGAGAGUAUCAGGCAGCCGUGGACAGCAGCCGCAAAGCCAACAGCACCCGGACGUGGAAGGAGGUAUGCUUUGCAUGCGUGGAUGGGCAGGAGUUCCGCCUUGCACAACUGUGUGGUCUUCACAUUGUCAUUCACGCAGAUGAGCUGGAGGAGCUGAUACGCUAUUACCAGGAUCGGGGCUACUUUGAGGAACUGAUCUCCCUGCUGGAGGCAGCCCUGGGCCUGGAGCGGGCCCACAUGGGCAUGUUCACAGAACUGGCCAUCCUCUACUCCAAAUUCAAGCCUCAGAAGAUGCCAGAGCACCUGGAGCUCUUCUGGUCCCGAGUCAACAUCCCAAAGGUGCUGAGGGCUGCAGAGCAGGCGCACCUCUGGGCAGAGCUGGUGUUCCUCUAUGACAAGUACGAAGAGUACGAUAAUGCCGUCCUUACCAUGAUCAAUCACCCUACUGAUGCCUGGAGGGAAGGGCAAUUCAAGGAUGUCAUUGCCAAGGUUGCUAAUGUGGAGCUCUACUAUAAAGCCCUGCAGUUCUAUUUGGAUUACAAACCUCUGCUCAUAAAUGACCUGUUGCUUGUGCUCGCACCCCGGCUGGACCAUACCCGGACUGUUGGCUUCUUUUCAAAGGCAGGCCAGUUGCCCCUAGUGAAGCCUUACCUGCGGUCAGUCCAGAGCCACAACAACAAGAGUGUGAAUGAGGCCCUCAACCACCUACUGACAGAAGAGGAGGAUUACCAGGGUUUGAGGGCAUCUAUCGAUGCCUACGACAACUUUGACAACAUUGCCCUGGCACAGAGGUUGGAGAAGCACCAGCUGAUUGAGUUCAGGCGCAUUGCAGCUUAUCUAUACAAGGGCAACAACCGGUGGGCCCAGAGCGUGGAGCUCUGCAAGAAGGACCAUCUCUACAAGGAUGCCAUGCAGCAUGCUGCAGAGUCUAGAGAUGCCGAGCUGGCCGAGAAGUUGCUGCAGUGGUUCCUGGAAGAGGGCAAGCGGGAGUGCUUCGCGGCCUCUCUCUUCACCUGCUACGACCUGCUUCCUCCGGAUGUGGUGCUGGAGCUGGCCUGGAGACACAACCUCGUUGACCUGGCCAUGCCCUACUUCAUCCAGGUGAUGAGAGAGUACCUUAGCAAAGUAGACAGACUGGAUGCCUCGGAGAGCCUACGCAAGCAAGAGGAACAUGUGGUGGAGCCCGCCCCUCUCUUGUUUGCUCCAGGCCCGGCACAGCACCGCCUCCCAAGGACCCUGGGCUCCGCUAUUGGCUGGGCUGUCGACCCCGCCCAGGCGCCUGCCUCGCUUGCCCCGCCCCGGCCUCAGUUUCCCGGCCGGCAAAACGGGGCGGGCUGGAGGCGGGGCCCGGCUCGGACCACGCGAGGCGGAGCCCGGGAGCUGACGCGACCGCCCCGCCCCCCGGGCCAUAACCGUUUGUCGUCGCCGCCGCCGCCGCCGCCGCCGACCGAACGCCGAGAGCCGGAGGCUCGGACCCGAAGCCGACGCCGGGCGCCCCGCCUCCCCGCCUGCCAUGGCCGCGCCCCGCGCUCUGGCGGCCGCCGCGCCCGCGUCUGGGAAAGCCAAGCUGACGCACCCAGGGAAGGCGAUCUUGGCAGGCGGCCUGGCGGGCGGCAUCGAGAUUUGCAUCACCUUCCCCACCGAGUAUGUAAAGACACAGCUGCAGCUGGACGAGCGCUCGCACCCGCCGCGGUACCGGGGCAUCGGGGACUGCGUGCGGCAGACGGUCCGCAGCCAUGGCGUCCUGGGCCUGUACCGAGGCCUCAGCUCCCUGCUCUACGGCUCCAUCCCCAAAGCGGCCGUCAGGUUCGGGAUGUUUGAGUUCCUCAGCAACCACAUGCGAGAUCCCCAGGGACGCCUGGACAGCACACGGGGGCUGCUGUGCGGCCUGGGUGCCGGUGUGGCUGAAGCCGUGGUGGUCGUGUGCCCUAUGGAGACCAUCAAG